AUGCGCGCUCAAAGCAGCCUGCCGGCAGCCUACUACCGCGGCGGCACGUCCCGGGCCAUCUUCUUCCGCCACGAGGACCUGCCGACCGACCGCUCCGAGUGGGACCGCAUUUUUCUCGGCAGCAUCGGCAGCCCGGACCCGUACGGCCGGCAGCUCGACGGUCUCGGCGGCGGCAUCUCCAGCCUGUCCAAGGUCUGCGUCAUCGGGAAGAGCACGCGGCCCGACGCGGACGUCGACUACACCUUCGUGUCGCUGGGCAUCAAGAACACCAACGUGGACUACUCCAGCAACUGCGGCAACAUGAGCGCCGCGGUGGGCCCGUACGCGGUGGACUCCGGUCUGGUGGAUGUAGCGGACGGCGCGACGGAGGCCACGGUGAGGGUGUUCAAUACCAACACCGGCAAGGUCAUUGAGUCAGUGUUUCCGGUGGACGGAAAGGAAGCUGCUGCGCAUGGCGACUUUGCGAUUGACGGCGUGGCGGGGACGGCGGCGAAGGUGCAGCUGAAGUUCCUCAAUCCGGCUGGAUCCCGGACUGGAAAGCUGUUCCCAACGGAGUCUAAGGUUGAUGAGAUUGAGGAUGUGAAGGUUACCUGCAUCGACGCCGGCAACCCCUGCGUCUUCGUGCAGGCAACGGCUCUUGGAGUUGAGGGAACCAUCACGCCUCAGGGUAUCGAGGAUCAUCCCACUCUUCUGCAGACUCUGGACAAGAUACGUCGCGGUGCUGGUGUUCUCAUGGGUUUGGCAGAGUCCAAGGAGAAGGUCCCAGGGAGCGUGCCCAAGAUUGCGAUUGUGUCGCCCCCAAAGGAUGGGAAGAGGAAUACCCUCGUCGCUCGGGCGAUGUCGGUUGACCAACCCCACAAGGCCAUCCCCGUCACGGUUGCGCUGGCUGCUGCGGCGGCGGCGACUGCUGAGGGUACUGUGGUUUCUGAGUGUGUCGAGACUGGCGACGGUGAUGGUGAUGUGACGAUCUUCCACGCGAGUGGUACCUUGGAUGUCGCUGCCGAUUACGCACAGGACGGUUCUCUGGAGUCAGCGACUGUCUACAGGACGGCCCGUAGGUUGAUGGAAGGCAGAGUAUUUUGGAAGUAA